GCAACCAUUAUCUGUUGUGAAAGAUAGUAUUGCAUAUUGGUGUUGACUUGCACUAUUUCUGACUGUUUUACUCUUACGUACGGUUAAGAAAUAUAAAAUGAAGUGGCAGUACAAAGAAGAACAUCCGUUUGAGAAAAGACGGGCAGAAGGCGAGAAAAUUAGGAAAAAGUAUCCGGAUAGAGUACCAGUUAUCGUGGAAAAGGCACCUAAAGCUCGAAUUGGUGAUCUUGACAAGAAGAAGUACCUGGUGCCAUCUGAUUUGACUGUCGGACAGUUUUACUUCCUCAUUCGCAAGCGUAUACAGCUGCGUGCUGAAGACGCCCUGUUCUUCUUUGUCAACAAUGUGAUUCCCCCAACCAGCGCCACGAUGGGCCAGCUUUAUCAGGAACAUCACGAAGAAGAUUUUUUCCUCUACAUUGCCUACAGUGAUGAGAGCGUAUAUGGAGCCUAGCCGGUCCACCAAGCAGCUUGACCUUGUGUUGCUGGUGCGAUCAGGAAACAGCCCAGUCAUUCGUUUGUGCUUUUUUGUUUUAUGGCAAGUUCCAGUAAAGGAUCUUUGUAAAAAGAUGUAAAAUAUAUCUAACACACAUUCUGCUGAAGUUUAUAUUGUAUUUGUUUGUUUGCGUGGGUUGCUGCGCGUGUCCCUAGUGUAUGCGUGCAUCCGUGGUGUGUGUGUGUGCGUGCGUGCGUGUGUGUGUGUGUGUGCGUGCGUGCGCGCGCGUAUGUGUGUGUGUGCGUGCGUACAUGCAUGUGUACGUACAUGCAUGCUCGUGUGUGGGUGUGUGUGUGUGUGUGCAGGCGUUAAAGAGCGACACAGAGAGUAGGUAAGAUGUAAAAAUUAGCAUUGAUUUUAGGGUGUAGCAUGACUGACUAUAGGAAGCAAUUGAUUGCUGACUAUGAGUUCAAAGUCAGUGUACAUGUCUCCGUGCUGUGUGCUGUUCAUGCUUGUGUGCAUGUAUGUGUGAUAGAGUAGAAGGCAUUUACUAUUUCCACCGCAAUCGGGUGUUAAUGCAAGCUCUCCAUAAAUACGACAUUCUAGGUAUUUAAUUAUUCCACAAUAAAACUUACGGAGAAGGGAUUUAUUUGAAGUGUGCAGCAGCAGUCGCUAUUACAAUCAUUUUAAGUUUCGCAUUUCUUGAUGCUGCUUCAGGGGAUGCAAUGAAUCCAAACGCACUGAGCUUCUAUGUUGAAUAGUAUGGUCUCCUUAUAACUUGUCUUUUAAGCUACUCAAUGCAUACCAAUAUAACUGGCGUAGUGUCGCAUAAUUAUCUGCUGAAUUAGAAUUUGGCACUUAUUUUAAAUUAAUCCACAUUUUUAAAAGAUUUAACAAGUUUUGUCUUUUAGUAACCUAGUUUGUCAAGAACUAAUGUACCUGUGCUAUAAGGGGCUGAUACUGAAAAGAGUUGCCACCACGAACUAGUUACUACUUUAUCAUCACUGCUAUAGUAAACGUGUGGAAUUGCGUGUUUUACGUUAUAAAAUAUUCAUAGUGCACUGAGUGGUUUUACAUAUCUUGAGGUCGUGCCUAUGGCGUAGUAGCAAGUGCAAGGUUUAUCGUAUGAUGACACUCUCGAGAUGUUUUACCUCUGCUGAAGGUAUCGGUGUUAUGUUUAGAAUUAUUUUGAAUAAAAAUGAAGUCACUGCAGCUUAAUUUUUGCACUUAAUAGAUGAAUAGACAUGUUUUGCUUAAGCAUUAGGUUAAACUUUUAUGUUGUGUUAUAAUAAAUUGGAAAACGUGUUACAUAAUGUGUGAAGUAAUAAAGGUUAAUUUACGAAA